AUGUCUAGUUUCCGUGGUCCGGCCCCCCUACACCAUACUCUUCUAGCAGGGAGAACUAAAACCGGCGUUACGCUUCAAACCCUACAUCUCAAGCAUUUCGAUCACGGCGUCAUCCUUCAGCAGACCCCAGCCCCCGGUUUUGAGAUACCGAAUCCUGACGCAUGCACCGUUCCGGAGCUUUUGAACAUCGUUGCCCCAAAGGGAGCGGAGAUCCUCUUGGACGGCAUUCGUAAAGGAUUGUUUGUCCCACCGACAGAAGACGCAGGCUGGCGUGCAUCGCAGAGCGAUGAGCCAUUAAUUCAUGCGGCGAAGAUCAAGCCAGAGGAUCGACACAUCGACUGGGUCAAUUGGUCAUGGGAAGACAUCAACAGGCGGAAACGCGUGCUCGGUCCGCUCUGGAGCAAAACCCUCGCAGUUGGCGAUCCUGCUUCCGGGAAUCCUUCGCUCCAACAACGCAGAGUAAUUCUUAGCGAGAUGGAGGAAGUAGAUACGCUGAAGGGCUGCGAGGCAUUCUCUCUUGUUCCUGGUUUGCCAUUUGUGGACAGCGCCCAUCCGAUUGAUCGCCAACAAGCGAAGGGGCUGUACGUGUUCACAAGAGAUGGCAAACUGAUUCGGAUUCAUCAAAUGAAGGUCGAAGGAGAACAGAAUGCAGAUGGCGUUCGCGCCGCGCUCAAAGCUCGGAUGCUUAGCGAUCGAACCUUUAACUCUGGCGCUGCCGACUUCACUCCGUUCCACAAUCCUUUGCAAUGA